CGGAGGGGCCGGGGCUGCCGCAGCGCCGCCGUGUCCCGCACCGCCCGCACCGGCCCGCUCCGCACUGACCCGCUCCUCUCCGCACCGACCCGCUCCUCUCCGCACCGGUCCGCGCCCCGUCUCCGGCCAGGAGCCUCUGACCCACCAUGACGUUCAAGCAAGCGUCCAUGAUGGCCCCGGAGGCCACAGCCACCACGAUGCCCAUGACCACGAUGGAGAACUCCACCGAGGCUGCAGGGCCGGGUGAGAGCAAGGAGGACAUGUUCACCAAGCUGAGGGACAAGUUCAUGAAUGAGCUCAACAAGAUCCCCUUGCCACCCUGGGCCCUCAUCGCCAUCGCGGUGGUAGCUGGACUCCUCAUCCUCACCUGCUGCUUCUGCAUCUGCAAGAAGUGCUGCUGCAAGAAGAAGAAGAACAAGAAGGAGAAAGGCAAAGGCAUGAAGAAUGCCAUGAACAUGAAGGACAUGAAGUCAGGCAACCAGGAUGAUGAUGAUGCAGAGAUGGGUCUGACAGAGGGGGAAGGUGAGGAGGAGGAGAAGGAGCCGGAGAAUCUGGGCAAGUUGCAGUUCUCACUGGACUACGAUUUCCAGGCGAACCAGCUGACAGUGGGGAUCCUCCAAGCUGCUGAACUGCCGGCUUUGGACAUGGGUGGCACCUCGGACCCAUACGUCAAGGUGUUCCUGCUCCCUGACAAGAAGAAAAAGUAUGAGACCAAAGUGCAGAAGAAGACACUCAACCCUGCCUUCAACGAGACCUUCACCUUCAAGGUCCCCUACCAGGAGCUGGGCGGGAAGACGCUGGUGAUGGCCAUCUAUGACUUUGAUCGCUUCUCCAAACAUGACAUUAUCGGUGAGGUGAAGGUGCCCAUGAACACGGUGGACCUGGGCCAGCCCAUUGAGGAGUGGCGGGACCUGCAGAGCGGUGAGAAGGAGGAGCCAGAGAAGCUGGGAGAUAUCUGCAUCUCCCUCCGGUACGUGCCCACAGCUGGGAAACUCACUGUCUGCAUCCUGGAGGCCAAGAACCUGAAGAAGAUGGAUGUCGGUGGCCUCUCAGAUCCCUAUGUGAAGAUCCACCUGCUGCAGAAUGGCAAGAGGUUGAAGAAGAAGAAGACCACAGUCAAGAAGAAGACCCUGAACCCCUACUUCAAUGAGUCCUUCAGCUUUGAGAUCCCCUUUGAGCAAAUACAGAAAGUGCAAGUGGUCAUCACGGUGCUGGACUAUGACAAGCUCGGGAAGAACGAAGCCAUCGGCAAGAUCUUCACGGGCUGCAACUCCACGGGCACAGAGCUGCGGCACUGGUCUGACAUGCUGGCCAACCCCCGGCGGCCCAUCGCCCAGUGGCACUCACUGAAGCCAGAGGAAGAAGUAGAUGCAGCUCUCGGGAAAAACAAAUAGGAAGAUCUGCUGGCCCGCGCGGCACGGCACUGCGGACAGUCGAAGCGACCCAGAGCUACUGAUACCUCAGUUACGCAACCUUUGGUUUUGGUUUUUUUGUUCUGUUUUAAGCUGAAAUACCCUUUGAUGGCUGUGGAAGGGUUUCCAGACAGUCCCAAUAGCUUCCAGGGGAAGAGGUUAAAGACAUGGAUGGUU